UACUAUUCCACCUCCACCUCCACCCCGGCCUGCAUUAGCUAUUCUCCGCCUUACCGAGUAGACCUUGGAUCACAACGUCAACGUCGCAUGAUAUUCUCUCUCCAAGAACUUCAUUUUUUCUCCAAUAUCUGGACCUGCAGGAACUUCAGUAAAAUCGGAAACAAGAUGCCGUCGUUUCUUGCACUUGCGGUAUUGUAUCUGGCAGCAACGGGGAAUUGCUGGGAGCAUAUUUCGAGCUCGAAAUUAAAAGCAAAUCUUCAAAAGCAAGACGAUGCAUUGGUAGCCUGUGAGUCUCAACUUCAAUUUUCUCGAUAUCUCCCAUAUAUAUACAUAUGUGACAUUUAUAAACAAGCAAGUUUCUAGCUCUGGCACCGCUAACACGAGAUACCUAUAGUUAUCGCAGUAAGCUAGACUCUCUUCCAAAUUAGGAUUCCACACAAAAAGAUUCCCAACUGACAUCAGCCAUCGAAUCUAGCCAGAUACGUAAGAUUAUUGCCGAUCAUAUAUCACGCUUCUAUGCUCACAUCCCUCAGAGAACUCGCCAAGGCCCUGGAGCCAGAAUGGACUGCUGCAAAGUCAAAAAACAACUCAGAAUUUUAUAGCAUCGAUUGCAUCGCAGAGCACCAAUUCUGCAAAGAUCUGGAUGUUGCCUCCUUCCCAGCUAUACGACUCUUUCAAGGUCCUGAAAAAUGGAGCCGAUAUCGAGGCGAGAGAAAAGCCCCAGCGUAAGAUCUCUCUACAACUUCCAAGUGCAGCGAGCACCGACUAACAGAGUCUUGAAGCAUGAAGGCGUUUAUCAAAAGAGCAAGACGACCAGUUGUCUCAAAACUCAAUUACCAAAACGUGACCACCUUCCACUCGAUCGACGAUGCCGUAUUCAUCGCAUAUAUUCCCGAGGAAGGCGAUCAUGAAGACCUACUUGAGCAUUUCAUAGAGCUGGCGACACAGUUCCAUGACGCCCAUUCUUUUGGGAUUCUUGUCGACAAAGAGCUUGACGCUCCUAGAAUCACAUGCUAUCUGCCAAAUGAGGAUGAACCUCGAGUUUUAUCCAAACGGUUCAAUCCUUUUCGCCUCAAACAAUUUCUAUUUGACUCAACGGAACCUGCGGUUGGACAGCUCUCAAUAAGAAAUGAAUUCAGCCUUCACCGUGUAUGUUUUCUCUCUCUGACCCCCUUUUGAUCAUCAAUUCUGAUGUGGAAAUCUCAAGACCGAAAGUUCGCUGCUCUAUAUCUUUGCGGAAACCGACGAAGAACGCGCCGCUUUCAGAAAGCAACUGUCAGGGAUAGCCAAAAAGUUUAGCGAAUAUAUCACCUUCCUCACCGUAGACCCCGCUGUAUACGACCAUAUGCCUGCACAGGUAGACUUGGAUGCCAAGAAGAUGCCCGCAGUGGCGGUGUAUAAUGUACAGCUGGGGCAGGUGUUUCCUUUCGACCAGUCCAAGGAAAUUACGGCUGCGUCGAUAGAGCAAUUUGUGUUUGAUAUUGUGGAAGGGAAAAUAGAGCCUAGUGAAGGUAUAGUCACGCUUGGGGAUGAUGAUGAUCAUGAAGGGGGUCAUGAGGAGCAUCAUGAUAAGGCUCAUAAGGAAUCUAAGGAGGAUAAAAAGGCGGAUGAGAAGGAGGAUGAAACAGCUGACCAGAAGGAAGGUCAAAAAGAGGAAAAGGACAAGAAACAUGAUGAAUUGUGAAGUAUAUCUAUCUCCAGUUCAUUAGCCAGAUAGUGUAUCACCAUCACCAUGUACUUCUAAAUCAAACUCUUUCCCUAAAGUUCCUAACUUGUAC